AUGUCCGACACCAAGAUCCAAGAUCUGCUGAACAAGCCCCGCAGCGAACUGACCGAGUAUGAGGUCGCGCUGGUGGAGGAGCACGAGUUGACCGCAGGACCGCUGUCUCUGCUGCAGACUGCGACGCGCACGCAUACCCAGGUUCUGAUCUCCUGCCGGAAUAACCGCAAGCUGUUGGCGCGUGUUAAGGCCUUUGACCGUCAUUGCAACAUGGUUCUUGAGAAUGUCAAGGAGAUGUGGACAGAGAAGCCCAAGGGUGGAAAGGGAAAGGGAGUUAACAAGGACCGCUUCGUCAGCAAGUUGUUUCUGCGUGGCGACUCCGUCAUCCUGGUCCUGCUGAGCUGA